AUGGUGAUGGUGUUAGGGUUGAGGGACCAGCCCUCUUUCUGGCGUGGUGAGUUCACUAGCUCCCUCUCUCCCUUGCUCUCUCUCCCUCCAUCUGGAGUGGAUAAAGUCAGAGACCACAUCACUAAUGUUUGGCCUCACGGCCCUUUGAUCCUCCCACCCAGCCUGGCACAGCCACAGCUGCACAACAGCGCUCUGUGCCUCACCGCUCUUCCCCUCCCUAUAUCCCUCGCCAGCUUACAGCCAGGUAGCAAAAUAAAGAAAAGCACAGGCCCCAUAUUUGAUUUUCUGAUUUGAUUUCUGUUUCUUUGGCGAGCUGCAAUUUGCAGAGUGUUUUUAUGAACGCGUGUGUGCUUGUGUCAUUAUAGUUCCAUUAAGAACUGAGACAAUCUGAAAGGCAAACACCCCCUGAUAAUCCAGUCCUCCCUCCAUGAGCCUUCCAAAUGAGCCCAGCUGCCACACCUCUGGCUUCUUAAACCGCCACGGCUCAGUUCGUUCACUACAUUCAUUAAAGUAGACAUGAUUCUGGCUUCAACAUACAACGCUACUUUACAGAUGACAGUCGUGUAAGGAAUAGGGGAUGAAUUUAGUCAAAGAUACUCGUUUUCAUCUAAUGAUGGUUAAUGAAUCCAUCCUUAAUGCACUGGCUUUAGAUUGUGAUCAACCCACCAGGCAGGGUGGUGUGGGAUUAGAAUUGUUCCUCUUCAGCAUCAUCCUAAUAACUCAACCAAAUCAUCAUCAUUAUGCUCCUACCACAUACAGAGAACAGUCACAAGCUAUGUUUUAGAGGAUAAUGACUUGGACAAAAUUCUAGACUGCCCUGUGCACCUCCUGUUGUUAUUCAUGUUGAUAAUGUCUGUUUUCCUUUGGCAGGUGUAUGCCCCGUCUCCCAACUCCACAGAAGACUUCAACAGAGAUUCCCCCUCCUACUCAUCUCCCAAACCCCCCAGCAGUAUGUUUGCAAGCACUUUCUUUGGUAAGUGAUUCUGACUUAAGACAGUCUCUGUCAUGGAGUCUAAAGAAGCCAGUUUUAUCUGUUUGUUCAAUCUGUCUUUGUCAAUGUCUUCCCCUGCCUGUUGAUGGACAGUGGACCCAUGAGAAAAUAUUUCUGGACAAACAUCCUAACAUCACACUCAGUUACUCUCUCUGUAGUCACUCUCUCUGAUGUCGCUAAACAGUUUCAAAUGUUCAGCUUGAUUUAGCCAUUUCUUUCUUCUGGUAGACAGUAUUUCACUGAGCCUGGGCUCAGAGUCAGUGGUCUUUGAAGGGAUGGGGUUGCUUUCUGUUAGCCAAGGGAGGCUUAGUGUUAUCUCAGCUGUGUCCAGGACAGGGCUUGUGUUUCAGUCCUAAGACCAGACUGGGAGAGUGAACAACUCCCUUGUGUGAUCCAGCGACUCAGCAGAGAGGAGGGGGACUGCCCUAUGUGGAAAGGUCUCUCUGGGCUCUCAUAAUCAAGCUGUGUGUUGUGGUUUGCUUCACGGCGGUUCAGGCAUAUUGCAUUUUAUGUAAACUUGACUUUGGUUAUUAAACUAAAGCCAUUAAAACGUCUUUGCUCCCUUCUGGAAUCAAAUCCAGGACGUCUCUUCAAUUGGAUGAUCCUUUUGUUAAAUUAGUCAUUAUACUGUGAAGAAUAGGGAUGAAACUCAAGACGGAUCCAUUUCAACUUAACUCUGUUUGUUGUCAUUAGAUGGGACCCACAACUCUUCUGACCCGUGGAAUUCCUCCAAUGGGAUCAACCAGCCUAGUUAUGGAGGAAUGCUGGGAGGAUCUUCAUCUCACAUGCCGCAGUCAGGAAAUUACGUCAACAUGCACUCACAUGACCGCCUGGUAAGCAACCCAGCUAGUGAUGUAAGCACAUACUGUAAGUCUCAAUGUUUCCCCUACCUAUUCUUAGACAGUCUACCCCCUCCCCUUUAAGCUCUAUUGCCCCAUACUCAUAAAACAUUUGGCCUGCAUUGGUUUCAAUUGAAUAUUUGUGGUGUGCAAUAUUGCAGCCCACAAUAUUGCCCACCCUGCCUACAGAAAAAGUCUAGCUAGGGGAAACACUGUGACUUAUGUGUAUUCAGCAUCCAUGUCCUGUUCUGCCCCAUCAGAGCACAUCCCCUCCUCUCUGCUGAGCCCGUAGUGAGAGUGGUCGGUGUGAGCCGUGGCCUGGCUAUCUCUCUAUCUGAUGUUGCUGUCUGGGCGGUAUCUGUGUAAGACACGGCUGACCCCCUCUAUCAGUGUUUCAUCUGCUCUGCUCUGUCUGCCCACUGUGUCUCACUGGGACUCACGGGGAGCCUGCAGCUGCUGCUCAACCAAAGCCCUCUGUCUGUCUGGGCUCCACAUUCAUAUAACCUCUAUUUAUCAAGUGAUAGUUUUUCACCAUGCAAAAUGCGAUUCUUUCCACUGAACAAGUGUAUGCACACACAAUAUUGUUUUGUCCUCAUGUACACGUGUUUUGUUCUCUUUGUCUUUCAGAACUACCCUCCACACUCUGUAUCGCCGACAGACAUCAAUGCCAGUCUUCCUCCAAUGUCCAGCUUCCACCGCAGCAACGCCAGCACUUCACCAUUCGUUAACCCAACACACACCCCGCCUGUCAACACCACCGACGGGGUCAUGGGUACGCCGAAUAUUUGGUUGAUCUACUCUUAAAUAUCAAUAGGCGAGAUAAAUGUCCAUAAUUAUGCUUUCUUCUUUAAUCUAUGCGCUGUGUUAUAAAUGUCCUCUCCUUGUUUAUGUAGUUGCUGCAAAUCGGGGGAACGCCACUGGAAGCCAGCAGACUGGAGAUGCACUGGGCAAAGCCUUGGCUUCGGUGAGUACAGCACACCCCUGUUCUCCUCCGGGGAAAUGGGAAAGCCUCAAAGGAGAUUUAGAUAGAAACCAUGUUACAAAUCCACAGAGGUUGUUUGUUUGGGGUAAAGCCCUAUUGGUUUACUUGUAAGUGGAGGCACAAUCCAUGCAGCACUUAAAAUUGCACUCUCUCCCUCUGAAUGUCAGUUUGAUUGAGGCGUUAGGCUUACAUGGAUGGCUAGGAAUCCUCUGUGGAUAUCCCCUCUAGGUUGAUCCCCUCUCUGGGUGUGAAUCCUGUGUUAUUGCCUACACUACCUUCUCCACACACAUUAAUAUCAAAUAUAUUUGUUAUUCCUGUGUUGAAUUGAGAUGGUGCAGUAUAUUAAUGGCCCUCUUUAGUCUGUAAAGGAAGCGACCUCGGUAGUCACGAUGGGUAUUAAGUGCUAUAGUGAAUGCUGAUUAAAUAAGCCCAGAGGGAUGUGUUUGCAGUUGUUUUUGGGCCUAAGCCAGGAUAAUUGUGGACUUAAUCUCAGAGUAUACAAGAAAGGGAAUUGUAGGUUAAAAAAACACACUCCUAAAGCCUAUGGAUUACGCACCAGUUUGAAUAAUCAAGCCUUGGAAUUUGUGCCAUUUUCGAUCAUGUCUCCCUGCACGUUUGACACACAAUAACUCAUAAACCUUUGCACUACUGAGGAUGAAUAUAUCCUCCGUCCAGUUAGAGUACUCUGGGUUUCAACAGCCACAAAACCUCACAGAGAGCUCUUCUGUCCCUCCUCUUACUGACUAUUUCUCAUUUUAAUAACUCCCAGAACUAAUCUUUAACCGGGCCUAAUAUACACUUCAUGACCAAAAGUAAGUGGACACCUGCUCGUCGAACAUCUCAUUCCAAAAUCAUGGGCAUUAAUAUGGAGUUGGUCCCCCUUUGCUGCUAUAACAGCCUCCACUCUUCUGGGAAGGCUUUCCACUAAAUGUUGGAACAAUGCUGCAGGGACUUACUUCCAUUCAGCCACAAGAGCAUUAGUGAGGUUGGGCGUUCCAAUUCAUCCCAAAGGUGUUUGAUGGGGUUAAGGUCAGGGCUCUGGGCAGGCCAGUCAAGUUCUUCCUCACCAAUCUCGACAAACCAUUUCUGUAUGGACCUCACUUUGUGCACAGAGCCCUGUGGGCCUUCCCCAAACUGUUGCCACAAAGUUGGAAGCACAGAACCGUCUAGAAUGUCAUUAUAUGCUGUAGCGUUAAUAUUUCCCUUCACUGGAACUAAGGGGCCUAGCCCAAACCAUGAAAAACAGCCCCAGACCAUUAUUCCUCCUCCACCAAACUUUACAGUUGGCACUAUGCAUUGGGGCAGGUAGCGUUCUCCUGGCAUCUGCCAAACCCAGAUUAGUCCGUCGGACUGCCAGAUGGUGAAGCGUGAUUCAUCACUCUAGAGAACGUGUUUCCACUGCUCCAGAGUCCAAUGGCGGUGAGCUUUACACCACUCCAGCCGAUACUUGGCAUUGUGCAUGGUGAUCUUAGGCUUGUGUGCUGCUGCUCGGCAAUGGAAACCCAUUUCAUGAAGCUCUGAACUCUGUGAAGCAUUUAUUUGGGCUGCAAUUUCUGAGGCUGGUAACUCCAAUGAACUUAUCCUCUGCAGUAGAGGUAAAUCUGGGUCUUCCAUUCCUGUGGCGGUCCUCAUGAGAGACAGUGUCACGAUCGUCCAGAACAGAUGAGGACCAAGGCGCAGCGUUGCAGGCAAACAUACUCUUUAAUUAGAGACACGAUCAAAACAACAAACGAUACGUGACAGUUCACGGUCUAACAUAAACAGACUUGAAACAAGAUCCCACAAACACAAAUGACAGUUUAAAUAUGGCUCCCAAUCAGAGACAACCAACGACAGCUGACACUCGUUGCCUCUGAUUGGGAGCCACUCAGGCCAACAUAGAAAUACACAUACUAGAUAAACAAAUGAAAUGCACACCCUGGCUCAACAUACAAGUGUCCCCAGAGCCAGGGCGUGACAGUACCCCCCCCCUAAAAGCGCGGACUCCGACCGCGCCCACCAAACACCACAGGAGAGGGACCGGGUGGGCACUCCGCUUAGGCGGCGGAUCCGGCUCCGGGCCUGAUCCCCGCUCCCUCUCCAACCCCCCAAAGUACCCCCGGUCCGGUCUGGCCCCGCCGGCCGGAGCUGGACUGCACACUGGUGGAGCGGAUUGCUCUAGCUCCGGCGUGAAGCAUCUGACCGGUGCCGGACCAGCCACCGGUGGAACAGGUACGGGCCGUGCCAGACUGACGACGCACACCACUGGCUUGGUGUGGGGAGCAGGAGCGGGCCGCGCCGGGCUGACGAAGCGCACCACUGACUUGGUGCGGGGAGCAGGAACGGGCCGUGCCGGGCUGACGAAGCGCACCACUGACUUGGUGCGGGGAGCAGGAACGGGCCGAGCUGGGCUGACGAAACGCACCACUGACUUGGUGCGGGGAGCAGGAAUGGGCCGGACCGGGCUGACGACGCGCACCACUGACUUGGUGCGGGGAGCAGGAACGGGCCGCGCCGGGCUGACGAAACGCACCACUGACUUGGUGCGGGGAGCAGGAGCGGGCCGGACCGGGCUGACGAAGCGCACCACUGACUUGGUGCGGGGAGCAGGAACGGGCCGUGCCGGGCUGACGAAGCGCACCACUGACUUGGUGCGAGUGGCAGGAACAGGCCGGACCGUACUGGGAACACACACCACUGGCCCUACGUGGGGAUCAGGAACAGGCCGGACCGGACUGGCAACACACGCCAGUACCUCUCGCCGUGCCUCUACACCCUCCUUCCCCCUGGUGACCAGUGACUCCCGUAACCUGGCGGCCUCCUGCUGCCCCGUCGUCCACGGCGUUAGCCCCCCCCUAAAAAAUUUAUGGGCUUCACUCCUACCCGUGGCCAAGGCCUCCAUCCCUCUUGCCAGACUCGCACUCAUCUCCUCCCAAGUCCAUCCUCUCUCCUCGUCACGCUGCUUGAUCCAGUCGAGGUGGGAUCUUCUGUCACGAUCGUCCAGAACAGAUGAGGACCAAGGCGCAGCGUUGCAGGCAAACAUACUCUUUAAUUAGAGACACGAUCAAAACAACAAACGAUACGUGACAGUUCACGGUCUAACAUAAACAGACUUGAAACAAGAUCCCACAAACACAAAUGGGAAACAGACAGUUUAAAUAUGGCUCCCAAUCAGAGACAACCAACGACAGCUGACACUCGUUGCCUCUGAUUGGGAGCCACUCAGGCCAACAUAGAAAUACACAUACUAGAUAAACAAAUGAAAUGCACACCCUGGCUCAACAUACAAGUGUCCCCAGAGCCAGGGGGUGACAGACAGUUUCAUUAUAGCGCUUGUUUUUUUGUGACUUUACUUAAAGAAACGUUCAAAGUUUGCUUUGCUUAUUUGAGCUGUUCUUGCCGUAAUAUGGACUUGAUCUUUUACCAAAUAGGGCUAUCUUCUGUAUACCCACCCCUACCUUGUCACAACACAACUGAUUGGCUGAAACGCAUUAACUUUUAACAAGGCACACCUGUUAAUUGAAAUGCAUUCCAGGUGACUGCCUCGUGGGGCUGGUUGGGAGAGUGCCAGGGGUGUGCGGGGCUGUCAUCGGGGUAGGGGGUGGCUACUUUGAAGAAUCUCAAAUAUAAAAUAUAUUUUGAGUUGUUUGGCACUUUGUUGGUUGCUGCAUGUUUCCAUAUGUGUUGUGUCGUGGUUUUGAUGUAUUCACUAUUGUUCUACAAUGUAGAAAAUAGUACAAAAUAAACCCUUGAAUGAGUUGGUACUGAAUGCACCAAUUUGUAAGUCGCUCUGGAUAAGAGCGUCUGCUAAAUGACGUAAAUGUAAAUGUAAUGAAGCUCCCGACGAACAGUUCUUGUGCUGAAGUUGCUUCUAGAGGCAGUUUGGAACUCGGUAGUGAGUGCUGCAACCGACGACAAACAAUUUUUACACGCUUCGCGCUUCAGCACUCGGCGGUCCCGUUCUGUGAGCUUGUGUGGCCUACCACUUCUCGGCUGAGCCGUUGUUGCUCCUAGACGUUUCCACUUCACGAUAACAGCACUUACAGUUGACUUGGGCAGUUCUAGCAGGGAAGAAAUAUGACGAACUGACUUGUUGGAAAGGUGGCAUCCUAUGACUGUGCCACGUUGAAGGUCACUGAGCUGAGCAGACUUUUGUCUAUAUAGUGUAUCUCACCUCCGAGAAAUGAAACCCACCGUAGCUUUUAUUCCUAGUAAAAAGUGAGAGAAGUAGAAUGUGGAAAAGCGUAAUGGGUUUACAUUUGGGAAGUGCUAUGGCUCAGUGGCGCGCACCCGAAAGAGAAAAGUGUGUGUGAGGGGGUAUGAUAAUCACAAAUUAAGUAUUUUUGUAUUCUCAGACUCAAUUCUAUUAGCAUGACAAAGCUGCGGUGAAAUGGACACGGUUGGGCUGGGGUGAGACGAGGAGUGGGGAGGCCAGGGGGGGCGAUGGGGGUUCCUAACUGCUGUGGCUCAACUCUGCGGGCCGCCCUUUGUGGGCCUUUUGUUCUCCGGCCUUUUAAACGGGCCGUGCUUAUUGGCCCCCCGCUGCCCGGGGGAGCGUGACCGAUGAGGAGGCGGAGCCUCAUUUGUUGUUGGUAAAAUGAGUCGUGUUGCAGUUUGAAUACAGCAGAAGUAGCCCGGGACCAGAAGAAUGGCCCGUUGUAUAUUGCAGGGUCAGGAGUCACGGCUAUAGACGGCCCGCUUUGGAAAGAGAAGAGAUAUUGGCUAAUUCGUUUUGAGUCCCAUUGAUUUGAGACAUACACUUGUGAUCACAGUUGAUGGUCAUUACUUCUCAACAGGAUUUAGUGUCUCAGGGUAAAGAUACUGAGCAGUGACAAAUGCUUUUGACUGAGAAAUGUGAUUUAAAGAAUAGAGAAGAAGAAGCGUGUAUUCUAAGUCCCCACAGGGAAAAACAUAUAUUUUGGUACACAGAGUGACAUGCAAUAGCCAAACCAUUUGGAUUUUCAAAAGUUGAUUGAAACACAAAAGCUUGGUGAUCAAGCUUAAAAGAGAAGAUUAUUAAUAACGGCAUUCCAUUGUGUUUACUGAAGUUAAACGGUUUCCUGUGAGUAGGAUGUGAUGUUUACUUGGAGGGAAAUCCUUCUGGAUCUACUGCCUCUGCUAAUUAGUGGGAUUCAAACCUCUAAUACCCUGAUUUACUGGGAUACACUUUCCAUUAUGGCACAAAAUAUCCUCUUAAAGGGAACAAAUCAGGGAUGUGUUGUCUGCUUUAAUCCAUCAUUUCUCUAAACAAAUGAAAUCCCUGUGGAAGUUUUAAAGAUGUAAUCUGUAUGCUUCGGAAUCACAUCAUCCUCUCUCUCGCUCUCUCUCGCUCUCUCGCUCUCUCUCUCUCGCUCUCGCUCUCGCUCUCUCUCUCGCUCUCUCGCUCGCUCUCUCUCUCUCUCUCUCUCUCUCUCUCUCUCUCUCUCUCUCUCUGUUUUUUAUAGUCCAUACAAGACACCUCAACUGGUCCGAUCUGAUUGUUUAGUACUCAUCCAGUUUUAGUUGUUCUCUCCCUUCACUGGGGCCCAAUUCAGGGCGUGGUCUAGCAUGGAGAGGUGCGGUGGUGCAGCUCAUUCAGAAUAACCCCCACCGCUCCAUCACUAUUGGGGGAUUAAUGCUGGCCUUUGUAUCUCUCCCUGUCUAUGGCCGGGCAUUCCCUCUCUCUUGGCCUCCACCCUGGUUUAUACUGGAGUUAUAUAGCACCAUGUUAAAAAGAUAUUCAUGGAAUUUAGGGCAGAUUUUAGUCCACUUUAGCUUUAAAGGAUUUCAACCGCUUUGUUCCUGUUUCCCCCACAAAGUAAAGACGUUGACUUUCUCCUCUAAUAGUGUAUCAGUCAUAUUACUGUAGAUACAGUAUCUGUAUGAUAUGAUCUAUGCUGUGGCUAGUGGGGAGAUCUAAAUAAAACAACACAAACCAGAGUUGGAGGAGGGCACUAGACUGGACAGAGCCUUCAGGUGUCACAGUGAAUAUGGUUUACGCUACGUUUAUUUGAGCUUUAACUGAAGCCGCUGCUCACUGUUAAAGGCCCAUAUGUAUGCUCUGAACAUUUUUAUGGGCUCCCCAGUUGUAAAAUCCCCAGAAUUGAUGAGCCAAUUUCGGCUGUGCGCAGGCUGAAGGAUGGUGACACAGGCUAUAAAGAAGUAUGGGGAAACGAUAGGUUGUGAUUUUAAAGAGCUGCAUGUUCAGCCUUACUGACAGAACUCUCUCUUUCUCCCUCCCUUUCCCCAUUUCUCUCCCUCCUUCUGUCAUCCCCCUCACUCUCUUUCCCUCCGUUUCUCUCCAUCUUCCCCCCUUUCUAUCUCCCCUCUCUCUCCACAGAUUUACUCACCUGACCACACCAGCAGUAGUUUUCCAUCCAACCCCUCCACCCCUGUAGGAUCUCCGUCGCCCCUGACUGGCACAGCAGGUGCUGCUGCCUCAGCAGGUACAGUGGUGACCACCGGCGCCCCCUCUCGAAGGGCAGGUACAACAUCAGUCUGCACUCUGAUCUACUGCACUAUAGAAUUAUACCAGCCUAAACUAGUCCCAAUGCCAUGGAGAGGUGGUGGUUAUUGCUUCCUCAGAGCAUCCGCACUGCUUCCUCCAUAAGGCUCUGUCUUAGUACUGUAGGUGAACACUGCAAGUGAUGUUUAUCUCACGAUGGUCUUCCGAGUCUCUAUUGUUUUGACGACAUUGCUGAUGCAGUUUACCCCAGACAGCCCCUAGCUACAUAGUGAUAAGGAGUCAGCUCUCUUCAGUUGCUGAAAGGGGCCAAGAGACUAUCUUAGAGUUUGUCAUCCUCUCCUCUCAGUCACUGCAUUCAUUCUACCAGAUAACCAACCGGAUAAUUCAGAUAAUGAAUUUCCCUAAAACUGGGUCCGUAUGUAGCAGAGCAAUGUGCAGGGGACAUUUAAUAGUUGAGAGAGAGAGAGAGAGAGACCAGCGUGUUGUUUUAGUGGGCAGUUGUGCCGUGUGUGGUGAUGUAGUGGCGACAGCUGUCCCCACGUAUGCCCCCCUCGUCCUCAGCUGUUGCCCUGGUCUGUGGGACAGCUGUUCCCCCCAUGGACCGACCGGCCUGCAAAAGGCCUCAUUUAUCUGCCCGAGGAGCGACAGUGACUCAGCUGAUGAGGAGGAGUAUAUCAGCCUCACACAGGGGGAUGCCGACCCCUCACCACCCACUUUAUACCUCAGCUAGCCAGGCCUCAGGGCAGCAUGCCCUACCUGGGAGGACAGAGGAGGUAGAAUGUCAACAACCAUUUAGAUUAUAUCAGUUAAGUUUCUGUCACCUGGAGAUUGAGAACACCAGUUAUUUGGGUGUGGAUUGUUUUGUUAUACAAAUAAUGAGACAACAUGAUACCAAGGGCACCAACUUUUGUUACAAUGUGAAACAGAGUUUCUCUUUACAAUCAUAAUCCUCAGUGAAUCUACAGUUUCUGUUCAAUUUACAAAUGCAAAACAAAUACUCCACAUCCAUGACCUUUCCAUGUGAGAAAACAUCUGCCUUUGUCCAAAACCCUUCCCAAAAGUCAUAACCUAUCCAUUUCUAAAUCUGUUGCCAUUAGUUUAAUAGAACGCCUCCAUAAAAACUAAAGUUAAUGUAGCUUGAAAGGGCAACUGGGAUGAUUGAAAAUGUAUUUCUUCAUUAGCAUAGUUGUUUCAUGUUUUGCGAUCUAAUAUCAAUGUAUGUGUUUGAAGUUUGUUAAUUAGAAUAAGGGGCUAUACUUAGAGGUCAGUUGGGGCAUGAUUUGGCAUGAUGUUCAGAUUAACCACAAAUUGCUCCAUCUGUUCAUUAGAAUUUGCUAGUUUCAUAACCCAACCAGGCAGGAACAGAUAUACACCCUGGUGCUGCUCAACUCAACUCUGGCUGGUGUGUUCAAUUAGCCCUCUCCUCCUCCUCCUCUCCUCCACGUGGGGACCAGAGGCCCAGGGAGGCUUAGUUAUGAGUACUUCCUGUUUGGUUUGUGCCAGGGAAACGCUGAGGCUGAGCAGAGAGGCUCCCUCAUUUCCUGUUCCAAAGUUACUUUUAAUAGCCUCUUAAUUAAAGCCUGGCUUUUCCAGGACCUUUGUGUGGAGAGACUUUCUCUCAGAAGAGGACUAAUGCUUAGUUUACACUGCUGACGAUGAAUCAAUGGAAAAUCCUAAACAGUUCCCCCAGGUCAAGUGGAGUUGUAAUCCUAGUGUUUGUCAGAAACAAACUAACGUUAGCUAGCUAUCUCCCGGUUCCCAAUCUUUCUCUCUCAAAUACUGAAAUACCAUUUUAGAGGAGAACAGGAAGAAAAUGGGUCCUGCUGUUUGUUUUGACAAACAAUGUAUCCAUCUGUAGAGUAUGCUACAGUACGUGGGCUGUGUGUUGGCCUCCUGCCACAGUAAUGGAGACCAGACGGUAUAGUGAGGGCCCAUAGCUGGAGCUGGCUCACUGACACAGCCCAGUAUAAAUAACCUGGGAGGUUUCCUCAUUGUCACAAUCGAUUAAGGAGACUUGAACUGUUUUCAUGUGCACACCACAGGCUUGGUGUAAUGCAUUACCUCCUGGUGCACUGUUGUUUGUUAGUUGGAAUAUUUCAUACAAAAUUGGCUAAGAUAAAGAGACAAAGAUAUUUAAAAAAAUUGCAUCGGAUACCUCAAUUUGAUUAGCAGAUUAUUUUAGUUUCACACUAAUCAAAUUGAGUUGAUUUGUUUUAUAUGUGCUAUUGCACAUUUAAUGUACUGAUUAUAAUCAUUCCCACACAUUGUGAUCCCCUCUGCUUUAUGUAAAAUUCAAAUGUGCUCUAGAGAUCACCCAGUCUGGGAUAGAAUGGAAUUCCUUAGUUAGAUGUUUCCACCAUUUGUUUGGUCUCUUGGUUGUCUCUAGAAUCUCAGAAUGGAAAGUUAAUUCAGGUCAAGUCUCUGAGUCUCUCUUGGCCUGCGUAUUUUGGCAAGCCACGGAGCUGUUGGACUGUUACACUAUACCUCAGCUUGGCAUGUGAUUGGUCAGAGGAUAUUUGUGUUGUGACCCCUGGAAACUUGUCAGCCAAUCACAUCGGGCUUAGAUCAGCGGACGAGAGGAGCACCCACGAGUGCAGCCUUGCUAGAGCCUUCUGGAACUUUCUGGCUCAUUGGAGGGAGUAAGGGACUCCUAUUGUCGUGGAAGAAUCACUCUGUCAGUGUCAGGGGAAGACAGCCUCUGUCCCAGCCAGGCCUCUUAUCACUGUUCACAUUGCUCUCUGGGCUAUUAGCUCAUUAAUGAGCGGAUGUAGACCAUGUCCCAGUGUGCUGGUGUAUGUUGGGGCCGUCCACCCACGGCCCUUGGCUCAUGUUGCAGGAUGCAGCCCAGUCACCAGGAAAUGAUGCAGCUGAACCCCAAUGAUGAAAAUACCUCUCACAGCAUAACAACAACAGACCAGACAGGAUGUGGAUGUACUGUGUGUCAGUCAGCCCCUGUAGAGUGUAGCAGGAUGCAGGUCUCUUAUCAUCAGCCAUGUUGUGAUGUCUGAAUCAGCCAUGUCAGGUGGAUAACUGUGGUUCUCCCUCUCUGUCUCUCUCAGGUACCAACCAAUGGUCUCGUGGUGCAGCCGGACAGACCCCCUCCUCCCCCAACUAUGAGAACUCCCUGCACUCACUGGUAAGUCUCCCUGCCUCCCCUCUCUUCCCUUCCCCCACACCCUGAGCACUUUUUAAUGGACACGCACACAGUAGAUGUGUUCGCUCGCGGAGGGCAGGGGUAGCAUUACAUGAAGAUUCUUGGCUGACAAAUGUCGGAGGGGGAGUGGGGGGGUGGGAGUGCUGAACAAUACCCGUCCCUUGGGGCGUGUCUCCUGCCAUCUGUCCCCUACUUCGUGGGCCAGGGUGGGGUUGGGGGGAAGGUGGGGUGUGGGGUGUGGGGGGGCUGGAGUUAUGGGGGCUGGGGAGCCUGGCAGCUGUUGCGUUGACUGAACCACCACUGCUCCAGGAUUCCUGCGCUAGCUGCCUGUCUGCAUGCGGACCAGAAACAUGGCUUGGGAUCACUUUUCACCCCACACACACGCAUUCACACCAUCGGCUGUGGGGAUAAAUAUUUACCCACUAUAUUUGUAUGCCACCUACAAUGGGAUUUUUGUGAAGCGACCAAACCGAUGAAUGUGUGGGAGGGAUGGGACCUCACGGUGGGAGGAGAGGGCGAGGGGUCAGAGUCAUUAUCUAAACAGGACCACCGUUUUGAUGCUGCCUGACACAGUGAUUAGUUACCAUAUAUCUGUCUCUGUCUGACUGUUCUUUCUCUGUCCUUCUAUCUCAGUCUACACUAUCUCUGACGUUUCCACUAAUGUUUAUUUGUGCUCACAUGCUUUCCUGUUCUAUCUGAUUUUGGCAGAAAACUCGAGUCCAUCAGCAGCUUCAUGAGCAUCUCCAGGAUGCCAUGUCAUUCUUAAAGGAUGUAUGCGAGGUACUCCUGCCCUUUAGAUGGAGACUUUACCCAUCAUUGUUUGACACCUUUUCACAUCCUUAGUUCUUUUUCUUGGCCUCCGUUCCGUUCCAUUUAAUUGGAAUUUCAAAUGUUUUGUUUCUGUGCUUUUUAUUGUUGUUUAUUAUUUAUAUUUUGACAUUUCAGCUUGCUACAGUAAUCAGCUUAGGAGCAUAAGACGCUUUAAUGCCAAAUUAAUAGUCAUGGUACUCCAAAUGAGUGGUGUGCCAGCCCGUUUAUCAGUUUCUAUAGAUACAAACGAGGAUGCUUGUCUGUUAUGAACACAAGCAUCCCUUGUGCCCCUCCUCAGGUUGAAAUCUUCAUCUGUUUUUGAUUGUCUUUCUUUUAUGCUUUUGGUAUCCCUGUGGUGUUUUUUCACCCCAAGUCACGCCAUACAAUCACAAUGUCCUCCAUUUUUUGGUCCUAAUGUGCUUAUAUUAAGCUGCUCUGUCCUUCUCUCUGCUCUUCUUCCCACCCCUCUCCCCUCCCUUCUCCCUCUUUCUUCCCACCCCUCUCCCUCCCUUCUCCCUUUCUUCCCUCCCUCCCCCCUCCCUUCUCUCUCCCUCUUCUUUCCUCCCUACCCCCCCCUCUCUCCCCUCUCUUCGCCACCCCUCUCCCUCCCUUUCGCCCUCUUCCCACCCCUUCCCUCCUUCUCCUCUUCUUCCCACCCCUCUCCCCCCCCUUCUCCCUCUUCUUCCCACCCCUCUCCCCUCCCUUCUCCCUCUUCUUCCCACCCCUCUCCCCUCCCUUCUCCCUCUUCUUCCCACCCCUCUCCCCUCCCUUCUCCCCUUCCCACCCCUCACCCCUCCCUUUCCCUCUCUCCCAAACUCUCCCCUCCUUCCCCUCUUCUUCCCCCCCUCUCCCCUCCCUUCUCCCCUCUUCCCACCCCUCUCCCCCCUCUCCCCUCUCUGCCCUGCGACCCACUCCCUCCCUCCUCCCUCUCCCUCCCUUCUCCCUUCCCCCCUCUCCCCUCUUCACCCUCUUCUUCCCACCCCUCUCCCCUCCUCUUACUCCCGCUUCUUCCCACCCCUCUCCCCCCCUCCCUCCCUAACUUUCUUGCCCACCCCUCUCCCCUCCCUUCUCCUCUUCUCUCAUGGUCCUCCCAGUCUCGGAUGGAGGAUCGCCUGGACAGACUGGAUGAUGCCAUCCUCGUCCUGCGGAACCAUGCCGUGGGCUCCACCACCAGUCUGCCCAGCGACAUACACAGCCUGCUGGGACAGAAUGGGCCAAUAGCAGCCCUCGGAGCAAACUUCCCUGCCGCCGGAUUGGUUGCUAGUCGGACAGCAGCAAUGGUAUGAGUUAACUUUGCAGAAGAAAAAGAUAUUGAUUGUUUUAGAUGUUAAUGAGAUUAUGUUUCAUGUGUUUUGCAACUUAAGAAUUGAGUUUGAAUACUUAAAAGAAAGUCAUUUUUUUGAACUGAGGGGAGGCAUAUGUGCUUUUGCGUUUCUCCAAAUAGGCUAAUAAACAAGCCUCGGCCACCUGUUCAGAAUGAGUCCACAGCCAUGUGCAAAAACUCUGCCUUUUUCCACAGAGAGCAGUUUAAUUUAAACUCACAUACUUUCCAUAUGUGUAAUGGUUGGCCGAAGGCUUACUCUCCUUAAGAAAGACCUCAUAUACAGGGUUGAAUGAGAAAACCAGGCAAAACUGCUUUGGUCUGGAAAGUGUUUGUCUGUUGCACUCCUAUGAGGCGGCUCCUGGGGAACGGGGGGAUGCAGGUCUCGGUGCAGAGCAUUAUAUGUUUGCCCAUCCUCCAUCUGAACUAUUUCAUAUCGGAGAGGAGAGCACAUCUGUAGUGGAAGUUUCAACAGAGGGAGACAGUUCUACACUAAUCCCUAGGUGAUGGGAAAUAAUUUAGGCCGUAUUUUUCCUGAAUUUUCUGAAUCAGUUCUGGCGUACGUGGGUGGAUGGUUGGAUUAAGAUCCUCUUGGAUUAAACUCCCUUUUUGAAGAAAAUGGAUGGAGGCACUCAGGGGAUGUGAUGGAGGAGGAGAGGGGAGGAUGCCGAGGACUGAAACAUGCUUAGCAUUUCCUUACCUCAUCAUUUACUGUCCAGAUCUCAGACUCAGUCCCAGCUCUUCACAGGAACCUGUCUCCCUUCCACUCGCUGAUUAGUAAACAUUCUUGCUGAGGAGUAGCAUCUGUGAGACUAGUCCUUGCAUUACUCACAUGGUAAUCGGGCCAACAAACCCACAAGAAAAUUGGGAGGCAUUUGAUCCCUGCCCUAUGGUAACAAACAUAUCAUAUGUGGUCCUCUGUAGCUCAGCUGGUAGAGCACGGCGCUUGUAACGCCAAGGUAGUGGGUUCGAUCCCCGGGACCACCCAUACACAAAAAAAUAAAUAAUGUAUGCACGCAUGACUGUAAGUCGCUUUGGAUAAAAGCGUCUGCUAAAUGGCAUAUUAUUAUUAUUAUUAUAUCCAAUUUUCAACACUUUUGAUUAUUAUUGGAAGUGGACAAGGUUUGGAUGUGUUCUGUAUUUCUGCCGUACUACUUCUCCCCUUACUGUUCAUUUAUUGGAGUUGGUGCUUUUACAGCCUUUCGCAGCCUUCGCAGCAUGCAAGCUUGGAGCCUGUGUCCCUCUUGCCCAGAAUCAUUAAAAUACAGGGACUAGUAUUUCUGGUUUGUUACUCAGGAAGAAAAUGUCCCAGCGCACCAUGUGUUUUCAGUCAUGGCCAUUUUGAUAUUGGUGUUGUGGUCCUUGGAACUCUCAGGAUAGUAUUUCCUGCUCUGUGACUGAAAGUGCUUUUUAGUUGUUCUCCCAUGGUGCAGUUCAGUUUGGUGUGCUGGUUAUAGAGUGUAGAGGGACAAUGGUGAUGGUGGGCUGUGACACUAGAAGAGAACUGGCUGUGUCUGAAUGAGCACAGAGCUUCCUCUGUGGUAGAGAGAGAGAGGGUCCCCUCAGACUGCUGCUCAGACAGAGCUCAGCCGCCUCAGCACGGCACAGCCACAGCCUUUUACUCAGGACAGACCUUUUCUCUCUUUCACCGCCUCUCUUUAACCAACUCAACAAAUCUGAAUGGUUGGAAGCGCGCGUCUGAGACCACAGUCUCCACCCAAAUAGAGGUCCUCAGCUGUAUGGUAAUCAGGCCCAGCCAGGAAAAUGGCAGCGUUCUUCCCUCGCCAGAACCCCCGCGCCCCUCCUCCUCCUCCAGACAAAGAGUUGUUUGGACACCUGUUGAGAGCGCUGCAGAGAUUAGCGUAGUGAGGAGGAGGGGAGGGUUUGGGGGCAGCGGGGUUAACAGAGGCCAACAGUGACUUGGGAUCACAUUCCAUAAGAAAAGGGGAAGAUACCCCCCCCCCCCCCCCCCCCCCGUACUGCUUUCCUCUCCUCCUCCUCCCCUAGUUCCCAGAAGAGAACCGGAUAGCUGAGUGGGGAACAUGUGGUAAACCCCAGCGAGCUCAGCGAUGGUGGUGCAGCAUGGUGGGAGGACCCUGUUUCACAACCAAUAUGGAGGGAAAAAUAGGGAAAUGGUCUGUCUUUGGAGUGGGUUUUGCCUUAUAUUGCUUCCAAAUAGAUCAGAGGCAGAUACAUCUAGAAGAAGAAGAAGAACCCUCAGAACAUAAUGACCGUGGCUAACCCAACAGAGAAAAGCAAUAGAAAUGUAAACAGAAAGAAACAGGGAUAGGUUUACCAUCACAUACUGCACUGAUUCUUAUAAAAAUAUUAUACAGCCGAACAAAUGUGUGUUUGUGUUUCCCUUAUCCUGAAUAUGAAUUAUGCAUUUUGUUAUGGUGAAGUACAGCACCAAAGCACCCCCCGGUGUCAGAACUGAGGGACUUGACAACCAUCAUUAGUUCUCGGAAACUGACUCCUGUACUGCAGCUCCACCUGUAGAUCCUGCUUUUAAUAUGAGGAAAUAUGAUUGUUUAGCUCACGAAAAAGGUCAGGCAUUGUGUUCAAUUUGUCAUGACAAGUGUUUAGAAAAACCUGUUUUGAAAUCCAAGCCAAAAAUGCUUUUUUGCAAGCGUUUUCAAUGGACAGCUCUGGAAGGUUGUUCUUUCUUUUUUGAACAGACAGCCUUCAGCAUUCCAUUUGUUUGAGUGAAGGUCAGUCUAAAGUGAAGUUGAACAGCAAAGUUCUCGUUCUAUCUCUCUCUGCUUUUCAAGUCUGAGAUAUCUGAGUCAUAAAAGCAUUCUCUCUGGUUGAUUAGAAAUUGUUCCUUUCCUGAGUGUACCAGACUCACUCAGACCAGAACCCUUCCCUAUAGCUGAACUUGUACUGUUUCCCACUGACUCUCUCUCUCUCUCUCUCUCUCUCUCUCUCUCUCUCUCUCUCUCUCUCUCUCUCUCUCUCUCUCUCCUCUCUCUCUCUCUCUCUCUCUCCUCUCUCUCUCUCUCUCUCUCUCUCUCUCUCUCUGUGUUCUGACAGGGUGGUUCUCACCGUGAUGAGGCUGGCAGUUUGAUCAACAGUCACGGAGGGCCGCCCAGCAUGGGCUCCAUGUCCAGCAUGUCCACCGCUGAACUCAACCACCAAGUGGAAACCUUCAGAGGUAUGACAUGACACACUCCCAACUUCACCCAUGACCAUCUCAUCUCUGCGCUAAAAUAACUACAUGUGAAAUGUUGGCUGUAAAUGAUAGGAGAUUCCAUUUGAACUGACUCUCUACCUUUGUGUCUGUGUGUUACAGGUCUGGCUGCAGGUCUGGCUGGUCAGGUGGCUGCAGCCCUGGAGCUGAAGGUAGAGAACCAGGACAGAGACGACAUGCAUGAUGGCCACUCCUCCGACGACCUCGGCUCCGGAGACGAAAGCGACAAGAGAGACAUCAAGACUCCCAGAGGAGGCACUCGGACAAGGUAAAUAAACCUGACAACCACAAACAUGAAUCUUUAUGACCUUCUGUCUAAAACAUUCAGUGCCCUUAGAAGGUCCCUAAACCUCCCUGGAGUCUGAUCUUCACAUGUGAAUAGCCAAAAACAAUCAGCCUCAGUCUUACUGUUGCGCCUCUGGGCCUCUCCCCCUCUGCAGCAGCAUCAAUGAGGAUGAUGACAACCUGAACCCGGAGCAGAAGGCUGAGCGGGAGCGUGAGAGGAGGAUGGCCAACAACGCCCGCGAACGCCUGAGGGUGCGAGACAUCAACGAGGCUUUCAAGGAGCUGGGCCGCAUGGUUCAGCUGCACCUGAAGAGCGAGAAGCCCCAGACCAAGCUGCUCAUCCUGCACCAGGCCGUGGCAGUCAUACUGAGCCUGGAGCAACAAGUCAGAGGUCAGCAUUCCUACACUCUCACAUAUAACACACAAGAGUUAUAACACCUCUUAUGAAGAGUAAUACCACCUCUUAUGAAGAGUUAUAACACAAGUGAAUCUGUUUCUAUACACGCAGAGCGGAAUCUGAACCCCAAAGCAGCCUGCCUUAAGAGGAGGGAAGAGGAGAAGGUGUCUGGCCAUGGGGUCUCUGGGGACCAGCAGGCCCACCAUGGGGUCCACCUCGGCCUCACCGAGACAUCCAACCCCAUGGGCCGACUCUGAGGAGCACACAGGUACUGUACGGUGGUCCAUCUCCAUGGAGCACCAUCCACACACUCUCACUCUGUCAGUAAUAGCUGUGAUGAGAUACCAUAUUACUGACUUUGUGAAACAUCAUAUUUUCUUUGCUGUUCGACAUCUGUGACUGAGUUAUUCCUGUUUUUGCCCCUUCAGAUCAAAAUGAUCCAGAUCAAUUCUGUAAGAUAGAGAUGGUGCCCUUGCUUCCCAAUGGCAGACAGGACUCACAGUUUGUGACACAAAUUGGAGGCGACAGACCACUUGAAGCUAAACCCCAGACUAACACAAUCCUAAGAUUGAAGAAAAGCCCAGUGUCCAGGUCCCUGUGAUGACAUCCAACUAAUUUCUGCCCACGAGGAAACUUCAGCACAUAUCACUGUCUGCAAGCAGCGUGUCGCAUCUGAACAAUCAGAGACUGUCGCGAUCUCCUCCACCCUCCCAUGUGGAAGUUUGCCUUGUGCCUAAACUGAAUUGACGAAUGCAUUGUAACAGCAAUUAUGUUUUUUUGUAUAAUUUUUUCUAUUUAUUAUGUUACUGAGCUGUAAAGUCUAUGUCUAAAGGGAAAGUUAUUCAUAUGCUUUAAGAAGCCUGUGGCUUUUCAGUUGAUCUACAGUUUGCCAGUGUCACUAGUAUGGCCCAGCCCUCCUCCCUAGCCAGUCUCGGGCUAGCCUGAGCUAAGAUUAAGAUACUCAGGCUCCUGAGAAAGACACAAAUGUAUAUAUUCGGCAAUUUAAAGUCUUUAGGGCCCAACUAAAAAUCAAUUGGCGGUAUUGAGUGCUAAAAGACUUAAGCAUCCCAUAAAAAAAAAAGAACAUAUAUUAUUUAUAUUUAUGUUUUAUUCAUGCCGCAAUGAACAGCAUGUUUAAACCAAAACGACCUACUCAUGUGUCCGUUUGGUAUAGCUCAGUCUUCAUGUUACUGACAUAAUUAGAGGAAGAGGACUAAACGUGAGUGGUGUGUACGAGCCCAGCUAUAUAGUGUUCCAUACAUACACUAGCCUGAACACUAUCAACUCUGUGUCACAGGUGACAGAAAAAUGGCAAACUCUAGUUUUCCAGAAAGGUCAACUACAGACUUAUAAGGUGUUUAUUCUCAGUAGUGAGCAGUUCAAAUACAGAGAGCAAACCAUUUACAAACCUUAGCAUUCCCUGCAUAUUUCUUAGUGUCUUAACUAAAGGAAAAGGGACUUCACUGCCGUUUCAUUCCUUUGCCAUAUAGUGUUAAAUGUAAACAAUGAGAUAUUUCUGAUAUUGCAGUUUGUUUUCUAUAUUACAGUAUGGUCUGUGGUUAGUUGAACAGCCGUGGUCAUGCUCUUUGUAAUUACCUAGCGCUGUCUUAUCAGAGAUUGCUUAGUGAAGAAGUAGAAUCAAAAACGACGACCACAAUAUCACCUGGCCUGAAUGAACUUUCCACAUCAUUUUUUUCCUGUUAAAAAUAACUUUAGAAAAAAAGUUACAAAAACCAUUAUUCAAAGUAAUCAAAAGUUAUAUGUUGAUUUGUAAUUGUAUACAAAUCAUUUCUCUAGGCUUCAUAGUAAAGCAUAUGAUGUCAAGCGUGAAUUAGCAGAGAGGAGUUCUAAGUUAUUUAGAAUGUCUUUGUCUUGAUCCGAGCAGUGAAGCUACUGGUUACAGUAAGCCCUAGGGAAGGGAAGCGGGAGCUUUAAGAGUUCACAUGCUGUUAAACAUCAGAAACAGUUGGUCCUUCAGACAGGUAUAGUACAAUGAUGAACAAAUGCAGUUUUGAGCUGAAUUUGUAUUUUAUUUUUCAGGAUGAAGAACAAUGGUCCCCACUUUUUUUUAUUUUUUUAUCUGUGUGCAUGCUUUACUUUCUUUUUAAAAAAAAAAAGUAUUUUGGUCUUAACUCCUGGUUUUGAUUCCAUUUGUUUCCUUGUAUACUGUCUUCCAUUAUUAUCCACCUUUAAAACAAGGCUGCCACAUCCAGAGACGAGUAGCCUAUUCUGUGAAAAUUAAGUAAUAGAAUGAAGGAUGCCAUUGAAAACCACCCCAAGGAGUUUAUAAAAAUAUAUUUUUGGUUUUACAAUCAUUUUCUUUUUGUGAUAAACUUGGAAACGUAUUGUCGUGUUUUCUCUGACUGUAUGUGGCCUUGUUCAUCAUUUCAGUAUUCAUGAGCUUGUAUUCAUGUUGCUGGCAGACUCUGAUUGAGGUUAUAAUGUAUGUCACUGCCUGCUCUCUCAUUUCCCCCGUCAUUUUCAAAUGUUCUGCUGUCUGUCUCUUUGCUCCUAUGUUAGACUUUGCUGUAUUCCCAGAUGCUUUUCCUCGUAUAAUAUAUGAAAAAAGAACAAAAAUAAGAUAAAAAAACAUUUGGCUUAUUUUUCACUGUAGUUAUUAGUCUUUUAUACAAUAAUAUUGUAAGAAAAUUUAUUGAAUUCUAAAUAUUACUCUUUCUAGAUUUUUUAAAUCGAAAGUUUUGAGUAAAAAGUUUCUUACUUUAUUUUACUAUAUUAGAUAGUAAAAUGUACGGUUAUUUACCAUAACCUGUUCAUUAUUAUCAGAAUCGUACAAAUAGCAUCCCAAAAACAUAAAAGGAUUGUAGCUUGCAGUCUAGUACAUUGAGGUAUUGUACAUGCUCAAAUUUCCUGAAGGUGUGCUCUCCACCUUGAUCUUCAGUCUCCAUUGUUGGUGGAUAAAAGAUUUGUACUUGUGUCCAAAAAUUCAAGGUAUUGUUGAUGCACAUCAAAAACCAGCAGCAAGAAAUUUAACUAUCUGUCUCUGUAAAAGAAAACACAACAUGUAUAUAACAUUUAUGUAGCAAUAAAUGUGCCAUCUUUUUUAACACAAUUGUAUGUGGAUUUAUUUCCUUCUUUGGAUGUCAUCUUUCUUUCUGUUUCUCCAUCUUUUAUUUUUCUGUUAUUUCCAUGCAAUUUUGUGAUGGUUUUAUGAAAGGACAUGCUGGUGGUGCAUUUGGUUGAGCUCAAUACAAGGACAGUACUGUGAUGUGUUCACUCAAGUAAGCUACUGAAGCAACAACCCUUCCCAGGUUUUCCCCCAUCAGAAGACUUUUCUACAGUGGAUCUAGGCCAAAUGAGGAACUCUGUGCAAGAGUGUGUUUUAUAGUAUGUUACUCAUUUUUAAAACAAUAUCAGUGGACCAUUGUAGUCUGUAUUGAAUAUAUGUUUCUAUUUUUAAUAAAGUGUGAUAGCAGC